AUGACUGAAAUUAAAGGGCAAGUGAUUGAGGCCAUGCAAGAAUCUGGACUAAGACCUAUGGAAUCCUUUAAUUACAUGUCAAAUGAAGCUGGAGGAGAAGAUGCUAUUGGUCAUACAGUGAAAGACCACAUGAAUUAUUGUUAUAAACUGAAAAUAAAGGCCAUUGAAACAGGAGAUUCUCAAGUAGUUUGUGACAAAUUACAGGAAGCUUAUUAUGAAGACCCUAACUUCUUUUUCAGAGUAAGGUUGGAUGCAGAUGGAAGGGCAAUGGGUGGUAAAUGUCCAGUCUCACUGUUUACAGACCAAGAUGCAGCCAUGGCAGCAGCAAUACCCAAGAGUGAUGACACAUUCAAAGCUGCUUUCACGAAAUGCUUGAGUGGUUGUAUUAAUGAAUCUCAGUUUGAAGUAUGUUGGGAUUCAAUGAUGACAAAGUACAAGUUGAAAAACAACAGUUGGUUCAAGAGGUUAUACUCACUAAAGCAUAAGUGGUCAACAGCUCUAAGUAAGGACUUUUUUUCCGCGGGAAUCUUGUCGUCACAGAGAAGUGAGAGCACAAAUCGUGCAGUGGGAUUUAAAGCAAACAAGAAGACAAGUUUGACAGAAUUCUACGACAUAUUUCAAAAGACAGUGAAGACUUGGAGAAGGAAUGAGGAUUUUUAUGAGUUUAAUAGCACAAAAUCAAUUCCUACGUCAAGUUAUCCGAUGUCUGCCUUACUUAAACAUGCUGCUGAGGUUUAUACACAUACAUUAUUCAGGGACUUUGAAGAAGAAUUCAACCCAGCCAUUGGAUCUCAAACUAAACUGCUAUUGAUUAAUGGAGGCAAAAUGGUUUACCAAGUGUACCUUGAAGGCAGAGAUGGCACAACUCAAGCAGUAACUUACGAUCCAGCAAACCAAACAAUUCAAUGUCCAUGCAAGAAUUUUGAAGAGUCGGGUUGGUUAUGCUUCCAUAGCCUUAGAAUAUUGCACAUGCAUUCUGUUGAAAAAAUCCCCGAGCAAUACAUAUCUUUCAUAUGGACUAAAAUGGCUAAGGUUGAAAUUUGGAAAAGUAAGGAGGCAGAGCAAAAGAAGAAGGGGACAUUAAACAACUUCACACCCUGGCGGCUACACAUGGUGAGGAAGUAUUAUAGUCUAAUCCUUAAGAGCCACAAGUUUGAACAAGCAAGAAAAGUCUUAGAAGAAAGCUUCACAAAAGAUUCAAGUGCAAUAGAUGAGAUUAUUUCUGCUAUGAAAUCAACUAACAACCAUUCAGAGAACACUACAGGUGUAGAAGAGAAUUCAGAAGCAACUUCAUCUAGUGUUGUUCAAGUAUUGAAUCCAGCUCGUGCAAAAACUAAAGGAAAACAAUCAAAUAAAAGGAUUCCAGGAAGCUAUGACUACAUGAAAAAGGGGAAGUGGAGGAAGCAUAGAGAAUUUGGUGCCAAAACACCAAAUAUUAAUAAUAAGUAUAUGCUCUGA